AUGGAUUCUUCAUUCUUUCGAUACCCAAAUCUCCAAUUCUCUCCUGAAUCCUCUUCUUCCUAUGUUUCUCAAGAAAACUUGUCACCGGAAUCAUUCAAUUUUCUCCAUAACCAAGCCCUUCUUUUCAAUGAAAAUGACUCCAAAGAAAAACUUCUUUGGGGGGCCCUAAACCAAGCUCCGGUAAACUCCUUUGAUACCACGUCUGCCAAUAGUUUUAUAGAUGAACAUGAAGUGAACUCCAAGGCCAAUGAAGAGGAGACAGAAAAGAAGGUUUCAUAUAGAGGAGUCAGGAAGAGGCCAUGGGGAAAAUAUGCAGCUGAGAUCAGGGAUUCCACAAGGAAUGGUGUUAGAGUUUGGCUUGGAACGUUUGAUACAGCUGAGGCUGCAGCUUUAGCUUAUGAUCAAGCUGCAUUGGCAUUGCGAGGUCCAAUGGCUAUACUCAAUUUUCCAGUGGAUAAAGUUUAUGAAUCACUUCACGAAAUGAACUAUGGGUUUGAAGAAGGUUGUUCACCUGUUUUGACAAUGAAGAAAAGGUUUUCCAUGAAGAGCAGACGAUCAGAGAACAAGAAGAUCAAGAACCAGAAGGAAAUGGGGAUGGAAAAUAUCCUGGUGUUAGAGGAUUUAGGAGCUGAUUAUUUGGAGGAGCUUCUAAGUAUAUCUGAGAGUCCAACUCCCUAUUGGUGA